GAUAUGAUCAGAGUAAUUGGAAAACACAGGAAACUCAAGUCUAAGGGGUGGGCUGACGUCGAAGGGAAGGGUUCUCUUGAUUGGUGCCCAGUCUCCAGACUUACAUCACACGUGAUCCUUUAUUCAAUAUGGCGGACGAAGAAAGAAAUCGGAUGGUCGCUGAAUUUUCCGGAGUAACUGAUGCUGACGCUGAACGCGCACAGUUUUAUUUAGAAUCAUCCGGCUGGGAUCUUCAUGUGAGUAACAAAGCUGAUCUGUUCUUUUUUUUUAUAUGUUACUGAGUUUGUUUUAGCGUGGUUUCAGUUUGUUUUACAUAUCAUUAGCACUUCCUUCUUUAGGAUGUCAAUAUUUCAUCAUUUGUAAUGAACAGAAAGUGAAUCAGGCAAAACUUUAGAAUACACAGCCACUUCAGGAAAUGCUUAAAUGGAGUGGCUUGGCGGCAGUUUUUUAGUCAAGUCCGCCGGCCGUCGUUAACUCAGCCGACAAGCCGACUUGGCCAUCAAAAAAUUGUUUUUAGCACGAAGUUCCAUUUCUCACCAUAGACGCAAAUGAAAAACAAUGAUAUGAUGAGGCCUUGGAUGUUUAAAUAAAUCAAGAACAUUAUUCAUGUUCACUCAUUUGAGUCAGCAUGACCUGCAGCAAGUUGCAGUGGACAGCUUUUUAUUUUUUUACAGGUUGCUCUUAGUAGUUUUUAUGACACAAUGGGAGAAGAUGACGAGAACAUAGGGGCUGAAACUGAACAAGCCCAGGAGGUAUAUACAAGAGUUUUGGAGUAGUUUAAUGCCUCUCUCAAAAAAUCAGACACAAUGUUAACUGUAGACAACUUGAAAAGUUAUGAGCCAUUGGUAAAGAGACAAGACAAAACUGUAAAAUUGAUGGAAAUUUUUUAAAUAGUGCACUGGGUUAUUUACACAAACCAGUCUAGAUACAAGCCUUGGAAGACUCCACUGUGGUGGGCUUUUAGUAGGUUUGAAAUUUUUUAGGCCAUAUUAGGAAACAUACUUUUUAGGUGAGUGUAGUGAAGUCAAUCAAAAGCAAGAUCAUCAUUUUAAAAGAAUGUCAGUUGGCUGCAAAGCAUGAUGGCUAAAUGUGUACCUCUCAAACCAAUAAUCUUUGUGGUAAUAUAAUAUUUCAGUCAUAUUAUCCACUUCCUUUUGCAGCAGCCAAGUACCAGAUCAAAGCACACUCCCACAGGGUAAGCUGAAAAAUAACCAUUUAUUGCAUGUUAUUCCUUUCAAUCCCAAAAUCUCAUUAGUAAUUCUCCUUACUGUCUGCCAAACAAUUCUUAUGAUAUUAGCCCAGAGAAUUUGGUAUUGGAUCAACAAAUAAUCCCUUAAUUGAUAUUUUUUUUUAUUCUCAUCACCUCUUUGCUUGAUAUUGUUUGACAUUGUAAGGAGAAGUUCUCUUUUGGUCACUCAUGGGAGUUAAAGGGAUCAUUAUCAGCAAGUGCUUGUCGCCAUCAGUGUAGUGCUAUAGUGAAGUCUUAGAGAGUGUGAUAAUCCAUCAUGUGGUGAAAAUUUAGUUUUAAGGUCACAAGUAACUGCCUGUUUAUAUUUAAAAGUACCUUUAUGUAAGAGCUGCUUUAUCAAUGAAACACUAGAUAUAAAUUUUAAGGUUUUUGUAGGUGAUCACUGCUCAAAAUGUUUAAAUAAACUAAAAGUAAGAGUUUUUAUGUUGUAGGCGAAACAUUGCUUCCCUUUCAAGCGUGCAAGCAACAGAAAAUGCUGACAGUGAUGAUGAAGAAGGACAAGCAUUUUAUGCUGGAGGCUCAGACACAAGGUAGGGGUCCCUGUGACAUGCCACAGGCCACGAGAAGAGCAGGAGGACAGAUGUUUUGGUGGCAAGGAAAGAUAGACUGAUGGACUGUUACUCAUUAAGAUGUAGGAUGGUUUUUAACCAUUUACAUGCUAGCAUCAGUAUGCAUUUUUCCAUACUGUUCUCUGUACAUUUCCUAAGGGUGCUGAUAAGGAGAAUUUGUCAAACAAUCAAGAGCUUUUCUAUUGAUCAUUUCCUUUAUUCUUGCAACCUUAAUGUGUUAUUCAGGGGUGAUGUUGUUAAGAGAUAUAAGAUGCCAGUCACUCUUUAGGGUCAAAGGGUAUAAGUUGGCUGGAAAUUUGAUUCAACACAUUUAUUUUAAUUUACAACAACAAUGAACAAACAUCAGUGAUUUACAAACUUUGUCAGUUGGAAAUGCAAUGUUUCCCAACAAUUUAUUUUUGUCUAUUUAGUUGUCAUUUUCAAUAAUUAGAUGAACAUAUAUCUAAUUUUUGUUUUGUUUUGUUUUUCUUUGCAGUGGACAGCAAAUUCUUGGUCCACCAAGAAAGAAACAAACAUCGAAUGAUAUUACUCAGGGCAUAUUUGAUGAUGCAAAGAGGUGAAUUUGUAAAUAAAUUCAUCUCAAUUGAUAUUUAGUAAAUUAAAUUCAAUCACAUCUAAUGUACCAAAUUGAUUAAUGAAGAAUUAGUAUGGCUUUACAAUCAUUAUAAAAAAGUUGCCAGAGGCUUGAAGUAUAGUAAAGUGGAACAGUUUUGGUCAUUUUUAAUUGCAGAAUUUUGGGGAGUCAAAGGUCAAGAUCUGACUAGUAUACAUUUCUGAUUUUUCCAGUUACUAUGAAGUCCCUUAAAUAUUUAUUUGAUAGGAUAUUGUAGGGAAAAGUUGUAUGAUAAUCACUUGUUGGGAGAGAAUGUGCAUAACAUGAAUAGGAUUCAAAAUCCUGAUGCUUUAAAUUAUUUUCUUGAUUAUAGCAGAGAUUUCUCUUUUGUUAACUUUUAAGUCAAUAGACUUCUGUAUAUACAUUUCAGUAAGGAAGAGCUCUCUAAUAAAUCUCCCUCUUUAUACUGCAACAGAAAAAAUGUUACAAGGCCCCAUUGGGUAGAAGGUGUAAAUAUUAGCUUCUUUGAUUUCAUUCUCUUUUUUGUGUUAUGUGGAUGCUGUGGGUUUGUGCUGUGCCAUUUUUUGUUCCUCUCUUGAUAGAACCCAAGGUAUGAACUGUUAUUUUUCUUGUAGACAUGGAGCAGAAGUUGUUGCUGACGAGGAUGUAGUUGGUAGGCAAGGAGCCAGGCACCAGCCUGUAUUUAAGGGUGCAGGUAAGAUUUAAAUCCUAAUAUAUGAUAAGUAAUUUCCCCGUUCAGCUUCCAUACAUUCUUUGUAAAAGGUCUUAAUGUGAAAAAAGCCUGCAGUGUACUCACCUCAUGAGUAAGGUGGAGUGGAGGCAUCUUAUCAUUUGCUAAGCCUUCAUGUUCAAUUAUAACUUGAUGUUGAGUGUGCAUGAAUAUCAAUUUUUAUUGACAAGGUAAAAUGUCAUUUGGUAGUUAAGGUAAUUUUGGCUGUGUCAAUGGUUUUCAUUUUGUUCUGAUUUACAAAGAAACAAAAAUACUUUCCAGGAAAAAAAAAAGGUGAAUGGAGAGGUUAAGGGUAUCCCCCUUUCUCCAGGUGGAAUUUUUUUCCCUAUCCAACAAAGACAACAAUAAUUUAUUGUGAGAAGAUGAAACACUGAAUUCUUUUUUUCCCAAAAAUUUAUGAUGUAUGAUUGUAUUAGACUUACCCCUUCUUCUGAUGAUGGUUGGUUCUGAUCUUGUUGCAGGUUACCGUCUUGGAGAUACAGAAGGGGACAGUUCACAGCCCCUCCCUGAAACACUACCAUUCAGGGCAGAUGCACCACAACAACCUGUAAGACAUCAUCAACAAACUUGUAUUUAUGAAUUUACUAAUCAGUGCGGAACCUGCACUGACAACCAUCUCUCUAUUAUGUACACUUAUUCUUAACAGCCCCUUGCUUUUUGUCUCAGCUGAUAGUUUUAAAUUUCACGUAUGCAACCUCCUUUCACUGGCUACUGCUCCUUAAUGACAAUGGCAACUAAACUGUGUUGCAAAUGUCAAAAGAUAACUCAUUUGCAAGGAUCUUGGCUACACUCGACGUCCAUCCAUAGAUUAAAUGAAAUUUAUUUCAUUGAAAUUAAAAUGACAUCCUCAAACACUAAAAACUCAUUUUGCUGGCCCACGUUUUCUAUGAGAAAUCAACUUUUGUCCUCUUUUUGUACUGAUAUAUACUCGCAGAGUUGUUUCACAAUGUUGUACAAUCCUUUGUAGACAGAAGUCGCUUUAAAGUUCUGGUCUAAUGGAUUUUCAGUGGAUGAUGGACCUCUGAGGUCGUUUGAUGAUCCAGCUAACAAGCAGUUCCUGGAUUCUGUCAGACGAGGGUACGAAAAUACAAUCAUUUUCAAUUUGGAAGGAACCCAACAAAGUGCACUGACUCGCCUAUUCUCGUCAGAAAUCUUAUAUUAUGACGAAUUAAGAUCCAAUUUUUUUCUUUGUACGCGCACGUUUGUUUCAGUAAUCGCAUUAAAUGAGUUCUAAUUGACUGAUUUCGUGUAAUUUACCCGCAUUUUACACAUUCUUGCGUGCAUUUUUCUGAUACACGUACACGCAGAUGCGUGUAGUGUGCGUGUGAGUGUUUCUCGCGUCUAGUGCGUGGGAGCGGCGCGCGCGUCAAGCGCGGGUAAAACACAUGAGCUGUACUCUGCAAACGAGACCAUUAGGACGCAGUCGAACGUCGCCAUCCAUUUAGAAGAGACUGUAUCGCGAAAAAACAAUAAUUCUUUACUAGCAUAUUCACCACGGUGAAUAUGCUAGUAAAGAAUUAGGACAUCAAGAGUCACGGUUUAGAUUAUAUUUAAGAUCCAAAGGCUCUUUUGAAUUUAAUGACUUAAAGACAUUUUUCAUGCGUCCUGUUCACAGCGAAAUUCCACAGGAGUUAUUAAGAUUGUCCCGAAAAGGAGAAGUGCACGUUAAUAUGGAAGAUCACAGACAUGAAGAGUAUGUCCCUCCACCCAAACCUAAACUCCAAGCAUUCUCAGGAACAGGGCACAAAUUAGGCAGGUUGGUGUCUUCUUCCCAGUUCACUUUAGCUCUUCAAGCAGUUUGGUUAUCAUUCAUAGUUCAACUGUGUUUUGUGCGAGGACUUUUUACUCACUUACGUGUAAGAAUUCCUCGUAUUAUUUGAGUUGUUUGCCUUUUUUUCCGUUCCAUUGUUUCAGAUGUUGGCCUCUUUCUUUCGCUCUUUCAUUUCCUCGUCUUUUGUUCCUUCUUUGGUCCGUUUUGUUCUCUUGAUCACAAUCUGUAUCUUAUUUUCGUCUAGUGCCUCGUUAGUUUCUUCAUCCUCGUUUGAUCCUUCCGAUUUUUACCACUUCCACACCGGCAAAUUCUUGCACUAAUGAUUGUUCUUUGUUAUUUUUUAUCUUUCAGCCCGGCUCCAGACGUGAAGUCCAGUCAUUCAACAGAACAACGUGCCUCCCAGUCUUCCUCCAGCACACCACAACCAAUGGCAACAAGUCCACUGGACCAAUCACAGCCGGUAACCAGCAUACAGAUUAGAUUGGCUGAUGGAACGCGGUAUGUGAAAAUAUGUUACACUUUGUUUUUUCCUUAUGACCAGAGGUUGUUGGAAUAGUCGAGCCUAUUCGGUGAUCUACGAAAAUUGUCGGAAUCAUGUCAACAUUGACAACAGGCUUCUCCUAGUAAUUGUGGUUAACUUUCGCAGCAAUGUUGUCUCAAAAGAAUGCGAGGCAAAGUAAACGAAACCGAUUAUAUGGACGUUCAGAGAGAAGGCUUAUCACCGGUUCCGCUGACAGAAAAGUGUUUCUUUUCCUAAUUUUAUCAGUGAUUUCCAAGUAAUGCUAAAGCGGCAUAAAAGCAAUGGACUGAUCUGUGAAUCUUUCAUUUGACCCCCCUCCCCUUCGCCGCCGCCCCCCCCUUUCCGCACUCUUGUCAUGCAGGCCACGUGUUUGUUUCCACUUCUUCCUCCAUUUUCGGCGUAGCCGUAAUUUCCACUUGUUUCUUGGCAUUAGAAACGCGGUCGUCAAUUCAACUCAUUUCCUGCCAUUUCGCAUUCUGGCCUCUAAUUUUCCUUCUCCGCCAUAAUAGGAUUAUUUGUUGAUUCAUCUACCCCCAUUUUCCUUUGUGUAGGUCGGUUUUCAAUUUUUUCUCAGUUCCAGUUUCUUCGCAGUUGUAACGAAAUAACAUUUCCUUGAGGAACAUACUCUGGUUUUCAAAAUCUGAUUUGACCUUCUAAUAUGACCACAUUCGCUUACCACACACACAAUGACUAAUCAAAGAUUACUUUAAGCUACGGUGUAAAAUUUCUGACGGAAAUGUUUUCUUUUGCAGUAUGGUCUCAAAAUUCAACCACUCACAUACAGUUGGAGAUAUUCGGAAGUUUAUCUGUGCGUAUCCUUUGGUCAAGAAUAUACUAUAACAUUAUAAGAUCUACUAAAUGGUUACGCGUAUCUGUUCCUGAAAAUUUUGGUAAACAUUAAUUCAAUACUCCCCAGUCGAGAAUUCUCUUUAUUCUCAAUACGUAUUUCUCCGCAUCACUUUGUGUAAUCUGGAGAGAAUAUGAUUAUUUGUUAUAACGUUAAAAAAGAAGGCGCUUUUAUCUCUUUAUGGACACGUUAAUGCCUGCUAGAUUUCUUCUUUUCCAAAACUGAGCAACAACCACGUGAUCGCACAGAUAAGAAAACAACUUUUGAGUCAACAGACUUUACAAAUCGUAGCCAGAUCUUCUAGGCCGCAGUUGGAUUUUGUCAAACUUUGCGACUAAUAAUCUGCCAGUCUGUUCAGAGCUUGAAUUUCGAGAUUCAAACAAAGAGUUCUUAGGCUAGUUUAGCAGCAGCGUCGUGUUGUAGAUUGCUGUAUGACUCCUUGUAAUAUAGUGACUUAAGGUCUCUCAUCCCCUUUUUUCUCGUUUCUUGAUGUAGUAACGGGAUCUUUGAGAGACACUGAUCGCCCUUGAGAGUCAAAGAAAUAAUCCUUUAACUUCCAUAAGUGACCAAGACAGGAUUUCUCCUUACAAUAUCAAAAUGAUAUGAUGUUAAGUAAACAAAUGAUGCAAAUAAAGAAAAAUAUCAAUCAGGGGAUUAUUUGUUGAUUCGAUACCAAAUUCUCCGAACUAAGAAUUGUAUGGUAGACAGUAAGGAGAAUAACUUAUGAGAUCUUGGGAGUGAAAGGGUUAAUUUUCCUUAACCAAACACGCCUGAUACACAGAUCAAGGCCUCAAAUGGCAACGCAGAGCUUUGUUCUUAUGACGACGUUCCCUAACAAAGAGCUAUCGGAUGAAACGCAGAAACUCUCUGAAGCAAAUCUCUUAAAUGCCGUCAUUGUCCAGAGGUUCAAGUGAGUGAAGACCGGAAUUUUCCAGGCGGUGGAUGAGGAAGUCUGGUAAUGAAUCAAAACCGAAACAUACCUGUGACAGGAAGAUUGUCACAUGACUGUGAAUCUGAUUGCAUUCUGGAGAAUCUGAGAAGUGGAGUCGAAACCAAAGUCUGCAGUUGAUGGGGUUUACAACUUCGUUGACUUCUUAGUUACUUUCCUAUCGUUUACUGCAACAAAUAGUUUAAGCUUCGUUUAGAAGUGCUCCUCCAAGGAAAGGUAAUUGUGGCUUCUAAAAUAAAAUUUUGGUCAAAG